GGCCUACCUCUAACAGAGUUGCUAUGGGGCCUAGCCGUGCAGGAAGCAAAGUCUCGCUCCCAAUUACACUCAACUAGCAGUGGAGAUGAUGUCAUCAUCAUGUCAUCAGGGUCAGUAGUUUACAGCUGAACGAACUGUGAUGAUGUCAUCGUCAUGUGAUCAGGGCAGGAGAUGAAGCUCCGCCAUGGAGAGGAGAAUGUAGUGUAACUACAUGGGGAGGAACAUCUGUGCCUGGAGGAGAGAACCUGUCGAGGAGGUAAAAGAAAGUGAGGAGAGUGAUGAAGAGCCAAAGCCAAAGAAGACCAAAAAGGCAGAUCAGUCUACAAAGAAGAAAAAGAAGCCGGCCAAGGAAUGUAUCUUAAACAAACCAGAAGAAAAGGAGGAGACGGUAAAGAAGUCUAGGAAAAGGAAGAAGAAGACAAUCACUGAUGUUCUUGCAUCAUCUGAACCAAAACCUGGAACUCCAGAAGAUCUGCAGCAUCUUAUUGAGCAAUACUACACCAAGACGCGCUCAGUGAUUGAGAUGGAGGAACUCCAAUUACCAGAUAAUUGUUUUGCAAAAGAAAAUGACCUCAGCCAUACCAUGUCAUCGUACCUAAAGGAGAUCUGCCCUAAAUGGUCAAAGCUAACAAAAAAUCACAAAGAAAAGAAAUCUGUCCUCAUUCUGGUUGUCUGCAGCUCGGCUCACCGCACCCUGGAACUGAUUAAACUAGUAAAUGCGUUCCGAGGUGACACCAAGAUAAUGAAAUUAUUCGCAAAGCACAUUAAGAUUAAAGAGCAGAUCAAAUGGCUGGAAAAUAACGUCACUCACCUGGGAGUAGGAACACCGGGCAGAGUAAAAGCUCUCAUAGAACAAGAUGGGCUCAGCUUGCAGUCCUUGAAAUACCUUGUUUUAGAUUGGAACUGGAGGGAUCAGAAGCUGAGGAGGAUGGUGGAUAUACCAGAGGUGAAGAAGGAGAUGGUUGAACUCAUGGAGUCGGGUCUCAUAGCAGCAUGCAGAGAAGGAUCUGUGAAGAUUGGUUUAUUUUAACCCCUGUGUUCUAUACAACUAGUGAACUUUUUAUCUGCAUGUUUCUGUUUUAACUGCUGAUUUUGUGUGUCCUUACAUUCCUCAUAUGCAUAAAUAAUAAACCUGGCUUUGUUUCAAUU